AUGGUGUACGGAUUGGGCACUAAUAGUGAGGGUCAGCUUGGGUUAGGACACAACACAUCCAUUGAAACACCACAACAAGUGCCAGAAUUAUGCCAUAAAAAUAUACAACAAUUUCUCAACGGAAAGGACUUUGUGUUGGCUAUAACGAGUAAUGACCACGUGUACAGUUGGGGCAAAAUUCGUUCCGUAGAACUCUUGGAAUGUGUUCAGUAUUUGCAUGAAUUGAAUCCACAGAUCAUUCACAGAGACCUCAAACCUGGCAAUGUGUUGAUCGCCGAUAACUUCUGACGAUUAUUCAACAUUGGCUAAAAGUUUAAAUAAAGCUAUUAAUACCCUGAAACAAAUAUUAUUAUCAAUGAUGUCUGCGCCAUUAUGGGAACAAAGGCCCGACUGCCGGGAUGUACUGGCUAAAUAUUCGGACUGGACAAUUGAUACCAUAUUAAUAAUUAAUGAUGGUG